UUAAAGCGGAAACCUAACCAAAAAAAUUCUUUUUUACUGCACCGACGCCAACUAGUCCAAAUUGGCGGGAAAGUUCCGCAUCAAAUCCUAAGUUUAGUGUGUGUUUUUUCUAAAUUUCCGUGUGUUUAGUGUUGUUAAACCGUGAAAAUGUUAUCCUCUCCAAUCAAACCUAACCAAACCGACGACUCAAACAAGGAAAACAUCUCUGAUAACCCCUUAAAUAUCGGAGACACGUGUCGCGACACCAAAACCAGUAGUUUGCCCCUUGAGCAAGAACACGAAGAGUACCAAUACCUGAGCCACAUUAAACUAAUCAUCGAUAAGGGUGUAAAAAAAAGUGACCGCACCGGUGUUGGCACUUUUUCGAUUUUUGGAGCCCAAAUGCGCUACUCCCUCCGCGACAAUGUCUUCCCUCUGUUGACCACGAAACGUGUGUUCUGGCGCGGAGUCGUUGAGGAGUUGCUUUGGUUCAUCAAAGGCUCAACGAACGCAAACGAAUUAAAAGAGAAAAAUGUGCAUAUUUGGGAUGCGAACAGCACACGAGAGUUUCUCGAUUCUGUGGGGCUCAAUGAGCGCGAGGAGGGCGAUCUGGGACCGGUUUAUGGUUUCCAGUGGCGCCACUUUGGGGCCGAGUACAAGGGGAUGCACUGGGAUUACGCCAAUCAAGGGAUUGACCAAUUGGCUCAUGUUAUCGAAACAAUUCGUAAUAAACCCAACGAUAGGAGAAUCAUAAUGUGUGCGUGGAAUCCAGUGGAUAUUCCCGAAAUGGCCCUCCCGCCUUGUCACUGCCUCGUGCAGUUUUUUGUGGCAAAUGGGGAAUUGUCGUGUUUGUUGUACCAAAGGUCGGCUGAUAUGGGGCUGGGGGUGCCGUUCAAUAUUGCAAGUUAUUCCUUGUUGACGUAUAUGAUUGCACAUGUUACAGGAUUGAAGCCCGGGGAAUUUAUUCAUACGUUAGGGGACAGUCAUGUCUACUUGAAUCAUGUCGAACCGUUGCAAGAACAAUUAAAGAGGACACCAAGGCCGUUUCCAACAUUAAAAAUCAAAAGACAAGUUUCCAGUAUUGAGGAUUUUGUUUUUGAUGAUUUUGAGUUGAGUGGGUACGAGCCCCAUCCCAAAUUGAGUAUGCCGAUGGCUGUUUGAAGUAAAAAUAUGUGUUUAAUGUACUUAUCUGUUUAUCAAAUAUACGUCAUUUUUUUAUU